AUGGCGUCUUUACUAGGCGCUCACUAUGAUUCAAGCGACGAUGAUUCUAUCUUGGUCAAAGCCCCCGAUACCACUGCUACCCAGGUGAUUGCGGCGCCAGAAGUUAAUACAGAGGAUCAAGAAAAUUUGGCGUUGACCCUAGCCAACGCAUCAUCCACCGAGCUCACCUUCAACGCCACCUACGAUGAUUUGACACGGCCGGUGCAAGGCCCAAUAAACCCUUUCAAAGGAGCCGGUCCUGGAAACGGCAUUGCGCGCAAGAACCUUCCGACAGGUUUUGCUCAAGAAAUAGCUAUGAGCGAGUCGACCUUCAGGACGCAACAUCAAACAUUUCAGAAUUUGGGAUACGCCCGCAACCCGACCAGGCCGACUGAAUUUGUUGGCGACAUGGAAAACGUUGAGAAAUAUGGAGGCCUCAAUGUUGUACAAUACAAGCACAAAGGGGGAGUGAAGCGCAAGCGGGAAGCAAGGGGAAAGGCGAAUAUUCUCGAAGGCGAGGGCGCGUACCUUGGUCCGUGGGCAAAAUGGGAGAAGGAAGAUGAAUACGAAGAGUAUGAAGGGGACGCGGAUCGCCCUCUGGCCAGUGAUGAGGAAUAUGUCGAAGAGGAUGAGACCCUUGCUACCGCGCCCGCUGCGGAAGGACCCGCUGGUAUCUACCAGGGCGAUUUGUCAAAGGUCGAACAUACCGAGUUCCAUGGCUCCGAGGAGCACGACUACCUUGGUCGUACUUAUAUGCAUGUUCCUCGGGACUUGGAUAUCGAUUUGCACAAGGAGGUUGGCAGUAUCAAGAACUACGUGCCCAAGAAACUGGUGCAUACAUGGAAGUCGGAAGCCUCGGUCAUCACAUCUUUGCGCUUUUUCCCUACCUCGGGUCACUUGUUGCUCUCAUCUGCUGCCGAUGGAAAAGCCAAGAUCUGGGAUGUCUACCAUCAGCGUGAGCUUCUGCGCACUUUCUCCGGACACAACAAGGGAAUCACAGCCACAGACUUCGACCCGACAGGGAAGACAUUCCUUACUGCUUCAUUCGAUCGAAACAUCAAGCUGUGGGACACAGAGUAUGGCAAAUGUCUGGGUCGGUUCACAACAGGCAAGACAGCGCACGUAGUGCGCUUUAACCCAAACCCAGAGCACUCGCACGAGUUUUUGGCAGGCAUGUCCAACAAGAAAAUUGUGCAAUUCGAUACCCGCUCCGGCAAGCUGAUCCAAGAAUACGACCACCAUCUAGCAGCUGUCAACACUCUUACCUUCGUGGACAACAAUCGCCGCUUCAUCUCUACAUCCGAUGACAAGUCCCUGCGCGCAUGGGAAUAUGGUAUUCCCGUUCCGAUUAAGUUCAUUGCCGAACCCUACAUGUUCGCAUUGAAUCGCGCCGCUCCCCACCCCAAUGGAAAGUACGUUGCAUUCCAAUCAGCCGAUAAUCAGAUCUUGGUCUACGGAGCCACAGACAAAUUCCGACAGAAUCGAAAGAAAUGCUUCCGCGGUCAUAAUAAUGCUGGCUACGCUAUCGAUCUUCAAUUUUCACCCGAUGGCCAGUUUAUUGUCUCGGGUGAUAGCGGCGGCUAUGUUUGCUUCUGGGAUUGGAAGACUGGCAAAAUGUAUCAUAAAAUGCAAGCUGGUAAGGAUGGUAGUGCAGUUACUUGCUUGGACUGGCAUCCGCAAGAGACGAGCAAGGUAGUUACUGGUGGACUGGAUGGCCUUAUCAAGUAUUGGGAUUAG